CCCACCCCCCAAUUCCCAGGCGUGCGGCUGCUGGAGCUUCGCCCCGAGUCGCAGACGGUGCUGCUGGAGGCGCAGGUGGGAGCGGAGCGCGUGAAGGAGCUGCUGGAAUCCAGCGGGCGCCGCGCGGUGCUGCGGGGUCUGGGGGUCGCCGGGGGUCCCCGAGGAGGCGACACCACGACGACGAUGGCGGCGGUGGCGGCGCUGCGCGGCGACGACGGCGGCGACGGAGGUGUGAGGGGUUUGGUGAGGUUCCUGCAGGUCUCCCCGGAGCUCUGUUUGGUGGAUGGGGUCAUCGACGGGCUGAGGCCCGGCCCCCACGGGCUGCACGUGCACGAGUUUGGGGACACGUCCCAGGGGUGUCAGAGGUAGG